AUGCCGCUGCCCUUACAGGGGGGAGACCUGGGGGACCAGAAUGACCUGGAAGAAGCACUGCAGCUAGAUGACCCCCACCAGUCCACAGGGUCCCACCGGGAGCCCCCAAGGUUCAUGAUGGACCUCUACAACAGGGUGACCUCCACGACCACCAAGAUGCCCCGGCCCCAGAAGUGGAACAUGGUGCGCAGCUUUGAAGAAAAGGGUCACAGGAAUCAAUCCUAUUUUUACUUCAACAUCUCUUUGGUGGGGAAGGAUGAACUGGUUAUAAAAGCUGAACUCCAAGUUUUCAAAAGGAGGAAAGCCCCUCCUCACCCCAAGGGAUCCCAGGAAACCCAUUACUGCAAAAUGGAAGUCUACGAGUUACUGGGUAGCACGAAGAAUGCCCAGAAAGGAGACCUCAUUACUUCCAAAGAGCUGGUUUUGAAUUCAGAGGGUUGGCUGGUGUUUGAGGUGACCGGCACCGUCAACCAGUGGAUCCAGGAGGGCUGGUAUGAUCGGGGCUUUGUGAUCCUCACAACCAUCGCCAGAAAAAACUCCAUCAGAAGACACUUGGUGGGAAUGCACCGGAGGAAGAAGGAUAAUGACAAAAGGAACUCUUUACUUGUUCUCUUCACCAACACUGAAGAAAACACUCUGAGACACGGAUAUCCUGAUCUGUCCACAGCGUUGGAGUCGAUAGAUUUCGGCCAAUUGGACUUCGAGAAAAUUGCCAAGCGUAACCACACCCGGAGAAUCCGCAGUAUUUCCAACAACAAUGGCCCAACCCUGCAAAUCUGUCAGAAGAUUCUUUACUACGUCAACUUUGAGGAUCUUGGGUGGUCGGACUGGUUGAUAUCCCCCAAAGGAUUCCAGACCAACUACUGCAAGGGGAAAUGUUAUUUCCCCUUAGCUAACGGGCCUAAGAUCACAAACCAUGCCACCCUCCAGUCUUUCUUGGUCAGGAUGGGGCUCAGGUUAGAUCACGAGUUCCCUCACCCCUGCUGUGUCCCCGACAAACUCUCCCCCAUCAACCUCCUGUACUACGACGACGACAAUAACGUGGUCCUCAAGGUGUUCCAAGACAUGGUGGCCGACAGAUGUGGUUGCCUUUAA